AUGGACAAUCUAGCCGUCGAGCUUUGCAGCGUGAUAAUCCACAACGCCGAUUCUGCCCAGGGGCGUCCGCCCACGCACCUCGUACAACGCGCGCAGCAUGCCGUUCCGCCCGCUAUCCGGUUUCUCACCAAGCUACAGGAACCGGAUGGCUCCUGGUGGGGUCGCUGGGGCGUCAACUAUGUAUUCGGCACGAUGAGCGCUGUCAGCGCGCUCAAAAAGUUUGCCGAGCCAGAUUCCAGCGGUGGCGCCAUCACAGACAUGGUCCGCCGUGGCGUCGGUUUUCUGCUCAGGGUGCAGCAUCUCGACGGUGGCUGGGGCGAGAGCGUCGCGUCGUAUGAGCUUCCACCACCGCCAAAGGACACGGGUGUCUCGCUGCCGUCAUCCACGGCGUGGGCGCUCAUGGGCCUCCUAGCUGCUGGAGUCUCGCCCAUGGACCGCGCAAUCGUAGCCGGUGUGAAAUGGCUCGUUUCGUGGCCGGAGAGGCUGUAUACGGGGACGGGCUUUCCUCGAAAGAUUUACAUCGGCUACUCAGAUUACCGGCACUAUUUCCCUAUGAUCGCGCUGGGCCAGUACGUACGUGCCGUGGCGGCGUUGAAUAAUAAAGACGAGGUGCCAGUCCUCAAGAAUUGA